AUAUAGUGGGUGAAUUUCAUGUGCUAAGAUUUUCGGAAAAACAGCAUUAGAUUUACCCCUUUACUUUUAAUCAUGUUUUAAACUUACCCUACAGUUAUACUUCAGUUAAGUAUAGAUCUCCAUUAGGUGCAACAAUAAUAACAACAACAACAACAAUAACCUAGUAAAAUCUCAUAAGUGGAGUCUGGAGAUAAAGAGGUUGUUUCCGAUAUAUGAAUAUUCAUUAAGAGCAUAGGAAAAUAUAAAACGAUUUAACACUAAUACGAAUAAUCCUAAUAUUUUGUACAGUAAAUGAGGAUUUAUUUUUAUCCUGUUCCAUGUAUUAGUAUUAAAUGAGGUGUGAGCGGUUGUUGGGAAUUUUGAAUUAGGCUUGGAAGACACGCACCCAAGAAAAGGAAAAGCAUAUGGCUAAGUUGUGUUGACUAAUUAAAACACCUUGCUUCCCAAGUUUUCCCACCUCUUCCACCUCCAAAACUCUCUACUCUUCCUAUAUAUAAACCGAAUCCAUCACCAUUUCUACAACCAAUUCAACCAUUUUUAAGCUCACAAAAAAUUCAACCAAAAAUGAAGAGAGAAGGUCGCCAACACGGUAUGGUUCGUACUUACCCAAUUUUACCUUCUUCUUGGAACCCAAAACCCGAGCCAAGGUACAUCAACAAGUCCAAUUCACCACCAACCGCUGGGCUUUUUACAAAGGUUUCAACUAAGCCCUGUAACCAUUCCAAGUUCACAGGCAAGUGCGGUAGGCCCAGAUGCAACAGCUGCCAUAUUCACCCAGCUGGAAAAUCGAAGGACAAAACUAAAGGAACUCAAAAAUUAAAGGGACGUGGCGACGUUGUUUCGAAUUAUAGGUUGAUUACUUGGAGAGUUGUUGAUUCCAGACCUGGGUUGAAUUUUUCUGGGUUUUCGGCUUCUGGACUUUUGGAUCAUUUGGAUAGUGAUUAUUCUUAUUACAUGGAUCAUGAUGAUGAUCAUGGAAUUUACUAUGAUGCCCCUGAUGGAGAUUAUUUUAACGACGAAAUUGGAUCGGAACUGGUAGUUGACUCCAAUUGGUCAACACCUGGAGUUGAGAUUGAGGAGAUUGAUGAAUGUGAAGAUAAUGGGGAUGAUGAUGAAGAAAGAAUGAGUUUCUGUGAGGUGGGAUUUGUGUGGGAAAAAGUUGAAGAAGAUGGAGAUUGGUGUGUGGUGGAAGAAAUGUAAAAAUUGGGUGCGUUCUUAUUGUAUUUGUAUUUAAUAUUGUGACCUUUCAAUAUUGUUCCAUUUCUGUAAUUGUAUUUACUUGUCAAAUAAAUUGAUUAUUUUACAGCAAUGAGAUGGCGUUGAUUUGUGAGAAA